CUUCCAAUAUUAUUUGUCAUCGUUUUGACGCCGACGUCUGCCGUUCGUCCAACAUUGACGCAGGUAUUAAACCGAGGUUUUGUCUCUCGCGUAGGCGAAUUGAUCCGCUGUUCAACAAGUCAGCGGUGAACUCGAAUCAACGUUUUCAACAUCAACGGCGCCGAUAUGUGGCGAAUUAUUUUAUGGAUUGCUGCGGCAUUUGCCCUUGUCAGCGGGGAUCUAGUCAGGGUUCCUUUAUACAAAGCAGAAAGUGCUAGAAGGAAGCUUCAAUCUGUUGGUACUGAAGUGCAGCAAAUCCGUUUACGGUACGGCGGUCCAACUCCUGAACCUUUGUCAAAUUACUUGGACGCGCAAUAUUACGGCUAUAUAACGAUUGGCAACCCACCCCAACAGUUUAGUGUCGUAUUUGACACUGGCUCAUCCAACCUCUGGGUGCCCUCCAAAAAAUGCCACUACACAAACAUAGCUUGCUUGCUUCACAACAAGUACGAUAGCAAGAAAUCAAGUACCUACCAGGCAAAUGGUACCAAGUUUGAAAUUCGCUAUGGAUCAGGGAGUCUCUCCGGAUUUUUAUCCACUGAUGUUGUAUCCUUCGGAAAUGUCAACGUUCAGAAGCAAACGUUUGCCGAAGCCAUGAGUGAGCCUGGGCUCGCAUUUGUGGCGGCCAAAUUUGACGGAAUUUUAGGAAUGGCAUAUCCAAGAAUUUCAGUCGACGGAGUGACGCCUGUUUUCAACAACAUGCUGAAUCAGGGUCUCAUUUCUCAGCCGGUUUUCAGCUUCUAUUUGAACAGGGAUCCUUCACAGAAGCUUGGUGGCGAACUGAUUCUCGGCGGUUCUGAUCCCGAACAUUAUACUGGUGAUUUCACGUACGUUCCAGUCGACCGUAAAGCCUACUGGCAAUUCAAAAUGGACAAAGUCAAAGUAGGAGACAAAGUAUUCUGCGAAAACGGGUGUGAGGCGAUCGCGGAUACGGGAACUUCCUUGAUCGCUGGACCUGUUCAAGAGGUUGAAGCUAUAAACAAGGCUAUUGGAGCAACUCCACUCGUAGCUGGGGAAGCUAUGGUCGAUUGUAAGCUGAUAUCGAGUCUCCCAACAAUUGGUUUUGUCCUGGGACAAAAAACUUUCACCCUGAAGGGUGAAGACUACAUUCUGAAGGUGAGUCAAUUCGGUAAAACUAUUUGCCUUAGCGGAUUUAUGGGUAUUGAUAUUCCACCGCCUAACGGGCCGCUAUGGAUAUUGGGAGACGUUUUCAUCGGACGUUAUUACACAGAGUUCGAUAUGGGAAAUAACCGCGUUGGUUUCGCUAUCACCAAAUAAACAAGCAAACUAUCAAAUAAAUGAAAAAAAUAAGAUUAAACAUAAUAUCCUACACUGACAGUAAUAUCGUGACUGCAGUGAUACGCCCCACGCGUUUAUUUUAUACAUAAUGAACUUGUUGUAUACGAGUAGUGAACUUUGAUAUUAUCUGAAUAUGCAGAGGAGCUGUGGCAACAGCUGCCGACGCCGUAAAUAUGAUCAAUGCAUCGUAAUACCUGUGUAUUAAUAAUUAAAUGAUAUCAAUAUUAAA